UUCCCUUACAUGUACUGUUUUCCGCCACUUACAAGUUCCUGCAACGAAUUAAACGCAUGCCAUGGAUACCGAUAUUCAAAAGUGUUUCAGGGGCAAAACGGUUUUCGUAACGGGCGCCACCGGAUUUUUGGGAAAAGUUGUCAUUGAAAAACUGUUGCGAACCACUGAAGUGAGACGUGUAUACUUAUUGGUCAGGCCGAAGCGUGGAGUGAAGAUCGAUGAGCGGAUCACCACAUGGUCGAGGGAACCGGUCUUUGACCUCUUGAUCAGAGAGAGGCCGGAGGCCUUUCAGCGAAUUUGUCCCAUAGCUGGAGAUUGCUUGGCGCCUGAUCUCGGGCUGAGUGAGCAGGAUCGAAGACUCCUGACCACCGAGGUGCAAUUUGUCAUCCAUGGAGCUGCCACUGUAAGGUUUAACGAACCGCUUCACACUGCCCUCGCCAUCAACACCAGAGGCACAAGACUGAUGCUCCAAUUGGCCAAGGAAAUGACACUACUGGAGGCCUUUGUCCACAUCUCCACAGCCUUCUCCAAUUGCGUCAUUCAGGACAUCAAGGAGAAGUUCUACUCCGAGCUCCUCAACUGCAGCUCCCAGCAGGUUCUAGAAUUGAGUGACCUGGUAAGUGACGAGCUGCUGGACAGCAUGGAGCCUGCGCUACUUGGAUCCUUUCCCAAUACCUACACCUACACCAAGGCCCUGGCCGAGGACGUAAUCCUGCGGGAAGCGGGUGGCCUGCCUCUUUGUGUUUUUCGGCCUGCCGUCAUUAUUGCGGCCCAUAAGGAGCCCACCAGCGGCUGGAUUGACAACAUGUACGGACCCAUGGCCAUUCUGUUUGGAGUGGCGCGUGGAGUGCUGCGAAUCGCCACCAUAGACGUCAAGGCCCAAGCCAGCCUGGUGCCAGUGGACUAUUGUGCCAACCUAGCUUUGGCCUGCGCCUGGCGCACCACCAAUGUCGAGCGUAAGGAGAAGGAGCCACCUUCCAUCUACCAGUUGGCGCCCAGCGAGGGUAACAAGCUCACGCAUGGCGAGUUUAUCAACCACGCUCUAGACGGGCGCAUGAGGUGCCCACUGACCAAGAUGCUCUGGUACCCCUUUCUCCACUGCAUGACGACCCUGUGGCUGUACCCCCUGGCCGCCUUUUUCUACCACACCCUGCCCGCCUACUUCUUCGAUCUGGCCUUGUGGCUUCAGGGUCGAAAGCCGCGACUGGUGAAAAUCUACCAGAAGGUACACAGCACCCUCAUCAUUCUGGGGCCCUUCUCGUGCAAGAGCUGGGAGUUUGCAACGAACAACACAGAUCGUUUGAUGAAUCAAAUGUCGGCGGCGGAUCGGAAGUUGUUCUACUUCGACAUGGCCAGCCUGGACUGGAAGGAGUACUUCCAAAGCGCCCUCGGAGGCAUGCGAGUAUUUCUGGGCAAGGACCCACUGACUCCCGAGUCCAUUGCCAAAGGCCUGAAAGUGAUCAAGCGGCUGAAGCUGUUCCAUCAUAUCCUGCAGUUCUGCCUGUGCUCUGUGGCCGCAGCUGCUGUGUGGUUUUUGCUAAAACUCGUACUGUAAUUUAGAAGCAAAUAUUUAUCAAUGCAUGUAAAUGAAUAUAUAGAUAGGAAUAUAUUUUUGUUUGAGUUGAAAACAAUGUCAAAAGAUCAAUGCUGCCGUGCUGAUAUCGCGACUUUAGGUUUAUCCGCUUUAAAAACUAUAAUAAAAAGAGAUAACGAAAUAUA